GGGAGAAGGGCUUGAUGUUGUGACACCCCACGUGUGUUCUGCACGAGAAUAAAUAGCACACACGGGCGAGAACACACGGCCGAGAGCACUUCAGCCUGUUAGACACCAAAAUGCUGAAUUUCAACGGGUUCCUGCUUCAGCACUUCGUGACCAGAUUUAAUUCGCGGGUGACUGACAUAAUGAUAUAAUGCGAAAUGUCUGGAUGACCUUCUCAUCGGAAGCGCUGGGAAUGACAAGGUCUCCAGUUUUUCCAGUUUUACUUCAGGCAGCUGGAAUCCGCAAACAAUUAAGCGACUCUUAGGUGCAAACCGACACGGACGAAUGCCUUAAACAUUAUUGUCAUAAUUUGUCAUGAUGGACUGUCUAUCGCGCAGUGCUUACUGGCCUCUUAUUCGCUUUCUGCUGCCGCUAGCCAUUACUAAUAUAGCCAUCGAUUUCGGAGAACAGGCACUAAACAGGGGCAUCGCUUCUGUGAAAGAGGACAGGGUUGAGAUGUUGGCCAGCUAUGGUCUGGCAUACUCGCUUAUGAAGUUCUUCACUGGACCCAUGAGCGACUUCAAAAAUGUGGGACUCGUGUUUGUCAACAGUAAGAAGGAGAGAACCAAGGCGGUUCUCUGUAUGGUUGUGGCUGGGGUCAUUGCCAUCAUCCUCCACAUCCUAAUAGCUUACACAGAUCUGGGCUACUACAUCAUAAAUAAGCUCCACCAUGUGGAUGAUUCAGUAGGAAACAAGACGAGAAGGGCAUUCCUGUACCUCGCAGUAUUUCCAUUAUUAGAUUCUAUGGCAUGGAUCCAUGCUGGAAUCCUCCUGAAGCACAAGUACAGCCUGCUAGUGGGAUCUGCCUCCAUCUCUGAUGUUGUUGCACAGAUAAUAUUUGUGGCGAUUCUUCUCCAGAGUAAUCUGGAAUGUUUAGAGCCUCUUCUUAUUCCCAUUCUGUCUCUGUACAUGGGAGCUCUGGUGCGGUUCACUAUCGUGGGACUGGGUUACUACUGUAAUGUCCAUGACAACAUUCCUGAAUCAAGCAGCCUCGAACAGGGGGGCGAUGUCAGCAUAAGGAAGAUGCUUAAUUUCUGGUGGCCACUUGCCCUCAUUUUGGCCACUCAGCGCAUCAGCAGGCCCAUUGUCAAUCUGUUUGUCUCUCGGGAUCUCAAAGGCAGCGCCGCAUCAACUGAAGCGGUAGCAGUACUCACAGCAACAUAUCCGGUUGGUCAUAUGCCCUACGGGUGGUUAACAGAAAUGCGUGCCAUCUAUCCAGCUUUCGAUAAGAAUAACCCUACUAAUAAGUUAGCCAGUGGUCUGACUGUCACCAAAUCACAUAUCAAGAGGUUCACACUUUGCUGUUUUCUCCUCUCCUUAACGAUGUGUUUCAUUGUAUUCUGGACCCCUCAUGUUUCUGAACGCAUCCUGGUGGAUGUCAUUGGGGUGGACAUGGCCUUUGCACAUCUCUGUAUCAUUCCACUGAGAGUCUUUUCCUUCUUCCCUGUGCCUGUUACAGUUCGAGCUCAUCUGACGGGCUGGUUAAUGACGUUGAAGAGAACUUGUGUGCUGGCACCUAGUUCAGUCCUGCGCAUCGCUGUGCUCAUCACCAGCCUUCUAGUGCUGCCUUACAUGGGAGUGCAUGGUGCCACACUGGGAGUGGGGUCUUUAUUAGCAGGAUUCAUGGGGGAGUCCACCAUGGUCGCAGUGGCUGCCUGUUACGUAUACCGAAAACAGAAGAAAACCCCAGAAGCAGAAAUGGUUGUGGAGGACAACUCUUCCCCGAUGAAUGAAAUCACCUCCAGGACAGAGUUAGAUGUCAUUGAAGAGGCUGAGAAUGAGCAGAUGGAAACAGAAGAUGAAUGAAUCUAGGAAUGAAAAAAAAGUGGAAGAUGCACAUUUUCCUUUCAUUUGCAGUACAAUGUCUUGGUUUUUUGACAACGAGAGUCUAACUAGUACUAGUAUUUAAUCAUUAUAUAAUUAUUAUUAGUUUUUUUUUACAUUUCUACAAUCUCUCCAUUACCCCAGUGGGACUGUCAGAUUGAUCGAUGCUUGUUUGGGGUAGUAAAAGCAGAUUUGCAUGUCUACAUGAACUGCACUCCUGCACUUUUUGCACUGAGGCAUAUUUACACAGAUGUCUUUCAAAGAUCCUGUUCUGCAGCCUGUUAACAUUUUUGCCAAAAAUAGACCCUUACAAUCAGAAAAAAAAAAAAAAAAACUGUACUGUUAACUUUUACCCUAGGAAAUACCAUCUGCUUCCUCUUGCCUUGAAACGCACAAUGAAUAGUUACACUUGAGUGUAUUAUAACUUGUUCACAAAGAAUUUAUUUUACUGACUUUGGGCACGGAAUAGAUUUGAUUGUAUAUGUCAGUUGAUUUAUUUUUGUAUUCACUGCACAAUUCAGGGUUUGUAUACUUUGCAAAUAUCAUUAUGGAGACAUUUAGGUCUGAAGAUAACUUCUUUAUAAUAUUCCAUAUUCUAAUCAGAUCUGAUGUGAUCCAGUAUUUUGUGCGUGGACCACAUUAUAGAAUUCUUUUUUUUUUUUUUUUUCAUAUCUUAGAAAUUUAUGGAACGCUUCACUUUUAAUGUCUGUUUUGCAAAUUACUUAAUGGAAUGUAGUUUAGGCAGUUUUUAGCUCCUGUUUAUUUUAGGUGCUCAUGUUACUCAGUGCUUGUGGUCUAACUGAAUCUCAGCACAUACAAAUAAACCAAGCACAUUAAGAAUACAUUAUGGCUAUUAAACAAAUGUUGUGCUAAGAUAUUCUUUUAAGUAUUUCUUGUUUUUGCGCAUAUUAAAAUGAAAGGCUAAAUUGA